AUAUAAAGUCAGCGAGGCGCUUUCGCUUUCAGCAAAGUAACCACACCGAGGACGUGUGGAACUAAUGACGGCCUCUUUAUCUUGAGCCACGGUGCUGCGCUCUUGGAAGAAGAAGAAGAAGAAGAGGGGAUGAAGAAUGGAAGACGCGGAGAAAACCCAGCUCGAGGAGCUGCUGAUGUGCCCGGUGUGCCAGGACAUCUUCCGGGACCCCCGGCAGCUGCCCUGCGGACACAGCCUGUGCAUGCGCUGCCUGGAGGACCUGAUGGAGCACUCCCCCGACGGACCCUUCCGCUGCCCGGACUGCAGGGCCGACUUCGGGCCGAUCAUCGCGGUGCAUAAGAGCUACGCGCUGGCGAACAUUGUGGAGGACUUCAGGGUGAACCGCAGGAGGAGGAAGGAGCAGACUCAAAGUGUGUACUGCGACUGCUGCCCGGACGGAAGGACUUUGGCCGCCAAGACGUGCCUGAAGUGUGAAGUGUCGCUGUGCGCGCACCACGUCCGGGGCCACCUGGAGCUGCCGGUGUUCUCGGGCCACCCCUUGGUGACGCCCCUGGGGGACCUGCUGGAGAGGAAGUGCCCGCGACACGAGGACGAGGUGCUGCGGUACUACUGCAACACGUCGCGGCGCUACGUGUGUAACAUCUGCGCCCUGGAGAGCAGGCGGCACCAGGAGGCCGCGGAGGCCGCGCGCGUCCUGCGCAGACAGCUCACCGAGUUCAUGGACCAACGCUUCGACGUGCUGAAGGAGCAAAUUGGAGAAUCCAUCGAGUCUGUAAAUAAACUGCAGGAAGACAUCAAACGUGAAAAACGGACGGGGAACCUGGUCGUCCCGUCCCUCAGCGGCGUCUCCGUGGUGCUGUUCUGCCUGUGGCUCAUCGUUCUGUAUUACGCGUACAACUACUCCGUGGAGAUCCAGACGCUCAGCGCCGCGCUGGAGGAGCAGCAGAACCACGCGCAUCACAUUUACUCCACCGUCGUGGCUCCUGGUCAAUCAUCCCAUGAAGAGCCACGCGCCUCCGGAGACGGAGGAUCAAGGUACAACAUACGACCUCUUGAAACUUUGGAGCGGAAAACUUAGUCGACGGCGUUCCAGAGACAACGACGGGGUUGGGGAUGGAGUUUCCUGAUGAUGGGCCUUAUGAAUAUGACCAUUACGCAGAUAAUGAGCAUUUACAGCACAUUAAUACUCUGGUUUGAGCUGACAUUUGAGAGGAUUACCGUCUGUUAUAUUCAGGCUCUUUCUGUGGCCAUACGUUCCCUCGGUUGCACUUUGCUGCCUUUACUUCUCUGGUUUAGUUUCAUCAGUUACGAAAGCAACAAUAUAAUUAUAAUUAAUCACUUUUGUUACUUUCACUUUUGUUUAUUUUGCUUUACUCACCGAUUACAUGAUUUAAUUCGAGGACCUCUAAAGAAUGUUAAACAAUUUUGUAUUUAAUAUCAAAAAAAUAUUAAAAUGACUUUCUACAUGCUAUACGUGACUUUACUUUUACCCAAUGUAACAUGAAUUAAAAUUUUUAAAGAUCA